UCCCCUCUCUGGACCUUGAUUCCCAUCUGUCACAUGAGACAACCAUAGGGCUACUUGGAUAGUGAUGAAGAGCUGCCUCAGGUACAAGGUCCAGCCCCAAGGGGCCUCCCCUGCCUCCAGCACGCCCUGGACUAGAUGGCUGAAGCCCAGCUGGAGUCCUCGAAAGAGCGGUCCUUCUCCCUCUGCAGAUGGCAAUGGGGGGCUGUACUGCGCACUGUCAGACCACCAGAUUCUGGAUGACAUGGAGCGUCGAGGAGUGGAGUUUGUGCAUGUGUACUGUGUGGACAACAUCCUCGUGCGGCUGGCUGACCCGGUCUUCAUUGGCUUCUGCGUGCUUCGCGGCGCAGACUGUGGGGCCAAGGUGGUGGAAAAGGCCUACCCAGAGGAGCCAGUGGGUGUGGUGUGCCAGGUGGACGGGGUCCCCCAGGUGGUGGAGUACAGCGAGGUCAGCCCCGAGACUGCUCAGCUUCGUGGGCCUGAUGGGCACCUGCUCUACAGCCUGGGCAACAUCUGCAACCACUUCUUCACCCGAGGCUUCCUCCAGAUGGUCAGCAGCGAGUUUGAGCCCUUGCUGAAGCCACAUGUGGCUGUGAAGAAGGUCCCAUACGUGGAUGAGGAGGGAAAUCCGGUAAAGCCGAUAAAACCAAACGGGAUAAAGAUGGAGAAGUUUGUGUUUGAUGUGUUCCCGUUUGCUAAGAGUUUCGUGGCCUUUGAAGUGUCUCGGGAGGAGGAGUUCUCUCCUCUGAAGAAUGCUGCCUCGGAUGCCAGAGACAACCCCGCCAUGACCCGGCGUGCCCUGCUCAUGCAGCAUUACCGCUGGGCCCUGCAGGCAGGGGCCCACUUCCUGGAUGCGUGUGGGGCCCGGCUCCCUGAACUGCCCAGCCUGCCGGACGGCACAGAGCCUCCAGCCAUCUGUGAGAUCUCACCCUUGGUGUCCUACGCUGGAGAGGGUCUGGAGAUGUACCUGCAAGGCCGCGAGUUCCGGUCCCCCUUCAUCCUGGAUGAGAACCAGGCCAGGGCUCUGCAGGCCUGACUGGCUCCCAGACCUGCCAACCCCAGGGCCUGAGGGCUGGGGACACAGCUUACUCCACCAGGGUGGGGCCUCUCCCACCACCGGUUCCCACGGACACAAAUGACCCUAGGCCUGCUAGAGACCUACGAGGGUUUUUUCCUCUGGGCUCCUGGCUGCGGGAGGCAGAGGUGUGGCAUCCCAUCCCGGUCCUGGGCCCUGCCUGGGGGCGACUGGAGGAUCAAUGGCCCCUUCUAGCCCUCCACGCAGCUCCCCUUGGUGAAGAGCUACAGCCACGCAGCUUCUCUGCAGAUACACAGGUGGGCAGGGAGGGAGGAGGGAGGGGAGGGCGCCCCUCCCUCGCAGGGCCAGGUGUGGAAGGUGCUGCCCCCUCCCUCCCUCCCUCCCUCCUGCUCUGGCAGCCAACAGGAAGCCGAAGGAAGCCGGUGAGGCUGGAGGGGGGUGGGUGGCACAGCCUGGCCCCAAAUUUCUCACCACCCCCAGCCCACACUCAGCCUGCACACCUAAAGGGGGAACCUCUCCAUUUCCCCAGAGACCUCGAUUCCUCCGCCACCUCUGUGGUUGGUUCAGGCCCCUGCAUUUUAGGUGCUCCGACCAAGAACCAGGGGGCCCAAGAACCAGGGGGCCGACACUAGGGGCCUCUCACCACGUGGCUCCUCAGUCUGGAACGCAAGCGGCCAGAGAGCGCUCCACCCCUCGACUCUCCACCGACCGGAAGCGGGCUUUCUAGUCUGCCACACAUCGUGGCGCUCUCUAGAGGGAGACGCGGCCUCCAUGUCCGGGCGCAGGCUCGGGCAUUGCACCCCUGCAGCCAGACCGGGGCUGCGGGGAAAGCCGCGGGCCCAGCCCCUCGCCCCUGCCUGCUUUCCCCUCCGCAAGGCAACACAGGGGGCCACCCCCCACCCUGGCCUGCGCGGCAGCCCUCACCGCGUGGGAGCCGAGCUCGCCCGAGGAAAAGGAUGCCCUGGGCCCCCUGCAUCCUGACCUGGGCCCGGGGCGGGGGCAGGGCCGCGCCCCCCCCCCUCCAGGAGGACUGUGUACCCCCCAGGCCCUGCCAGUCCUUCGUAACCUCAGAGGUGACCCGUGUGCCUGAGGACCCUUCCCUCGGCUGCUCUCUCGCCCCCAGCUGCCGCUCCCCAGCGCCACAGCCCCAAGCUGUGCAACCUGUCUUCUCAGCAGGAGGGUCAACUACGGACACCGUUGCUGUGAAGGGACGGUUUAUUUUAAAAUAAUUAGACCCUUCUAUCAGGUCUCACACACAGCACGGAGGGAGGCAGGGAGGUGCCGGGUGCGGACCGCCGUCUCCGCGGACCCGCAGCUUACAGGAUGGUAGGGCUCCCAGUCCUGUCUCACGGGCGUGCGCGCCCCUUCCCGCUGUGUCCUCCAGAGAGGCCCCUCGGGCUACCGGGACAGUCUCUGACCCCAGACGAGCCACCGCGGAACCACUGACUUCUGAGGGACUGCCACGCUCGGAUGCGACGGAAUGCGGGGGUGGGGG